GCAUCUCAACUCUAGACUACAGGAAAAAGAGAAUAACACCGCACCGCACGCAAGCCCGCACCUUGAACGCUGCGAUCUGCACGUCGACGUCGACGUCCCGGAUGCAGUGUCGUCGCUCUACCAAGCCUUUGGGAUCUUUGCGGAGAGUUUUAAUCGUGGUCGCUCGCUUUGCCCACUGCGCCGGGUCUGAGAUCUUGCGGCUUGCCGAGGCGGGGAUUACCAUCGGGGCACGGCUGAUGUCAUGGCCGCGAUGCGAGGGCAAAUAUGCCACAUCAGCGGUGACCGUGUGGGCUGGGCAAGCGACAGAUAUACAGGUGACAGGAUCAGAUACUUCGUAGACAGGUCGGAUGGUCCGAGGUACAUACAAGGUCCAAGCGAGUUGUUUGACGUCCGCAAGCGUGCGCCCUGUGCGAUUGCAGAGGCGCCACCUGCGUAUGCCUCGAGAACGCGACCGGUAUCCGCUCCUCUGGGUCGUGCUCAGCUCACGCAGUUAUUGCCAAGUGUGUUUGCAGGUAUCGAUUGAUAAUAUCUAUCCCCUAAUAAUGACAUGCAAGUGUCCGCAGGCACGUUCUAUGCAAAAUACCACCCACGGCCAUCACCUUUAUGCAACAUACCGCGACACGGCUAUAACCAGGCUGGCCGCUGAUAUCCUUGCCACAGCUCGCUCUUCUAGUGUUGGCGCUGCCGUAUCGUUUUCGCUUCUCGAAACAGCGACAAAUUACCGCCCAGGUGGUUGUACAUUACUCGUUCCGCCAAAACUCCAUGUAAUCAAUAUCCAAAACAUCCAUAAUGAUAUAGUGAUGGUGCCAAUCUGGCUGAAUCAGAGGGUUAGGGUGGUAUACAAAUGGAACAGCUGGAGUCUCGGUGUCGUCGGUUCAGCCGCUUCUUCAAUUUCUUAUCCAAGAGCGGCCCACAGCUCAGGUCGCGGUGCUUCUUAUCAGUUUCAGGGUGUCGAUCGAUCGGAGACAUGACUCCAGACGCCACCGAGGCGACGCAUGCACUCGAUGCGGUCCGCGCAUCC